GUCAUGUUCCACACACUCUUUAAUCACAAAAAGAAAACAUAACACAGAAAGGAAGUUCGUCAUCAUCGUAAAAUUACUGUAAACAAGCCUACCAGGCUGUGCGCAGGGUUAAAAAAAACCCACGUUGCAUGAACAGGGAAUUGUGGGUACAAUAUGUCUGCGCCCUAUCUUUAACCUGAUAACAUUUUUAUAGUGGAGUUUGUCAAAGAUUCCUGUUAUUAGAACAGGUUUGUUGUGGCUUUCAUUGAGAGGAUAAUGUCUGAACACGCAGAGCAGAAGGGCGGACCGGGGUUGUCCAGGGCAGCGAUUGCCGAGAUGCUGUUGAAGAACUUUGAGAAGCUGCCCGACUCUGAUCAGAAGUUAUUCUCGUACGGACCUCUGUACCUGGGGGGAAACGCCGCGUUUGCGGGGCUGAUCGCCAACAGCCUGUACCGGAGGGCUCUGAACGUCCAAGCGGCGCGCAUCGCCUCCAACCUGCCGAUGGCCGUGCUGCCCUUCCUCACCGCCACCGCCCUGUACAACGCGGUGGUGUCGCAGCCGCUGCUGUCCGGGGAUCUGAACUGCCCCACCUGCUCCCUGAUCAGAGGCGCGCUGGUCGGGGCGGUCGGUGGUGGAGUCUACCCGAUGCUGCUGGCUUUGCCGUUGAAUUUCGGCCUUGCAUCCAGAUACAGCACGGCUCCGAUGCCAGAGAAGGGCACAAUGCUGCGGUACUGUGUGGACGUCUCCAGAUCCGUCUUUAAGAAGAUGAGAGCAGUUUUCCUGCUGCAAGCUUUCUUUGGCACCUACCUGGGCUCCAGGCAUUUCGAAAGUUACGCCAAGCUGGCCCAGAUAACCUUCAGCAAGGAGGAAGAGCUGCAAGAGUGAAAGGACUGGACUGAGAAUAAUCACCUCAUUUUAUACUGGUGAAAAUCUGAUUUACCUCUGGGUGUUUCCCAGAAAAUAAAAUGACAUGCGAACUAAUAUUUAUCACAGCAUCGUCUGAAAUCAUUUUGUCACAUCGUAAAACUGAAAUGAGCCUCCCUACAACAAACAAACUCCAGGAAAUUCUGAUAAUGCUUGAAACAGAUGACCAGAGUCACACAAAGCUUUUAAGUUUUGUUUUUUGUUACGACUGUGACAGUGGACAAAAAUAUAGUUUAGUGUUUAUAAAUGGCGUUUUACUCUCCAUAUGUUGCUGUUCUCCGUUUCAAUAUGGAUCCCCUAUUGUGUCCAAAAUAAAGUAAAUGAUUGAUGGUUUUGUGUA